GUUAGCUUCGAAUCCAGGCCGCUUAUAGUAAUAAUGUACAUACAUGUACGUACGUACGUACGUAGCUAGCUAGCUAGCUGCAAGAGAAUUGUUGCAAUGGUGACCAGGGAAAGGGAGACCACUUCACUAUUAGCCCAUAGUGUUCAGGAUAAUUUCAGGGGCUUAAUAAACACGGAAGAGGAGGAGAGAAGCCAUACACUAGCCAAGAAAACUGUGUUUGGAGAGCUAGAGGUUCGCAAUGUGAAGAGACUCCGAUGGGUGGAAUGGGUGUUUAUCAUCAUGGCAACAGUCACACUCCUUGGUCUCCUGGGUAUCUCUAUAGAGAGGCUCGUCAGUGUCCACAACUCAUUCUACAACUUCACAGACUCGAGUGACAGUGGAGUGACGUACCUUGGCAGUUUUCAACCAAUUGGAGUGCCGGGGGAGUAUGGGUGGACUGACAGUGUAGGGAAUAAUGAUACUGCGAGUGACUGUAAUAUCUGGACCUGUCUCAACAACUAUAUUUUUGCAAUCCUGUUGCUUGUAAACAUUGGUUUCUCAGCAGUUUAUUGCUAUGAUGGCAUCCUUCGUGAGCGGCCGUUUGAGAUGAUAGGGUUUGCAGUGGGCAUCUUCAUUAUAAUGGUCUAUGUGAUCGUGGAUUAUUCACUGGAGGGUAACCAAGGGGACAUCUACAGACUUGUUCGUUUAGUACUGGUGAUUGUAUUGGGCCCUCAGAACAUUGUACUGGCAUUUGUGGUGCAGUACAGGAUGGGUUAUCUAGUGCUCAACACCAUAGGCAGCAACCAGUCACUCACAAGGGCGUACCACUCUCGCUCGUUAUUGAUUAUCAUUCAGCGAUUCAACCUACAAAUCUUGGUAAAUGUUUUGGUCCUCUCUUGGGCCAAAGCUGGCCAAUUUAUUACUCUAUGGGAGAAGGUGGGAGUACCAAUACUGCUGGUUUAUAUGAUGGUAGUGUCCUACCUGGGAUGGGUCACCGUGGUGUGGGAGUUGAUGCCUCUCUCUGUUGCGUGGUUCUUCUUGGUCACACCAGGCAUGGGCUUCUAUGUUUACAAGAUCGCCAAUGUGGCAGUUCAGUGGAAGCAGUACGAGAAAGAGUACACAGAGUACUACCUCAAUGGCAACCCACCAGACGUGGCCUAUUUCAUUAUUGAUGCUUCGUUAAUACUAGUUUUGUGUGCUUGUGGACUACUGUGUGUCAUGUCCACAUAUAUACUCAUGAUGAUCUCCACGAGAAACUUUGGCAAAGGACUAAAGACAAGAUUGCCCCCACCAUGCUGCAAGAAUAGAGAACAUGAACUGAACUAAUUAUUUACUGUUUUUUAUGACACUUCAAAUGAUUUGUGCCAACAGGUAGGUAUUUUGUGUUAUUGUGUGUUGUAUUUCUACCAUUCAGCAUUGCUGUACUUAUGUUUUUAUUUUCACAUG